AUGGUAUCAAGAGUCGCGGAAUGGAAGAGAAGGCAACGGCAACUGAGCAAAGAGCUAGCUACAACCGAGUGGAGAAUUGAAAAUGGAGGGCACGUUACACAAUGGCCAAAGGAUGCGCCCCAAGAGUCGAUAGAUACGAUCAAGGAGACGGGAGAAGUCGCUGCCAGGGCAUGGAGAAUACAUAAAACACCGUGUGGCCCUGGCGAGGAACACGCUAGCAUGGUAUGUCAGUUUAUUGCGGAUUGGCCCGAGGGGAUUGGGAUGAGAAGUGCUGUUGGUAAAGUGUUGAAAUUGAAGGUUCUUGACGCAGCUAUACAGGAUAUGAAUAGCCUUUUAGAAUCCCCAAAAUGCCCUAAGGGCCAGGACCAUCGUCGCCACCUGCAGGUUCUGUCCUUUCUCAAUAUCCAGAGAAUGUGUCUAGAUGGGAACAAGUCAAGAACGAAACUAUCACUUUCUGUGGCUAAUACCUAUGGCAAAGGUGUCAAGCUGUCAGAAUCAAUCAUGUGCAGAGAAAGGGACUGGGUUAGAUGUAGGUUCAUUGAGCCUGGGCAUCAAGGGAAACACCAGAAAUUCAAAAAGAAGGUGGUCAAUGAUCCCCAGGGCGAACUCCUUGCCGGUACGCAGGAAAUGGUCGUUAAUGAAGACGGGCAUGCUGCUCAAGCGAAAGAAGUUUCGGUUUGA